GUCACAUGGUUUUGGACCAGCGAGCCAGCAGCACAGAACAGCAGCUUGAUGCUUCUGUAAACACAGGUAGGCUAUAGAUUACAAAGUGUAUAGCUUAGAAACUUUUAACAGCAAAGAAUCAAUUUUUCAAACUCGUUCGAAAUACGUCAAACCAACUCCAGAAUGAGACUUUCGGUACCAUGGACAGCUCUUGUUUUCCUCCUCGUUCAGGGCGUCCUACCAGCUUCUCCAGUUAAAAAGAUUGGCAACAGCAUGGGACGAUUUGCCAAUGCCACCUUGGUGCGUCUGUCCGAGUUCCUGAGCGCUGGGUACAAGAAAGGGGUUCGACCCGUGAAGGACUGGCGCGACUCCACCUCGGUGGCGAUCGACCUCAUGAUUUACUCCAUUCUCAACGUGGAUGAAAAGAACCAGGUGUUGACAACGUACAUCUGGUACAGGCAGGCAUGGACUGAUGAAUUCAUGGUCUGGAACCCAGAGGACUUUGAUGAGGUGAAACAAGUCUCUAUUCCAACUGCCAAUGUGUGGGUGCCGGACAUACUGAUCAACGAGUUCGUAGACGUGGGCAAGUCCCCGGAUAUUCCCUACGUCUACGUGACCCAUGAGGGCCUGGUGAGCAACUACAAGCCCAUCCAGGUGGUCACCGCCUGCACCCUCAACAUCUACAACUUCCCCUUCGACGUCCAGAACUGCAGCCUGACCUUCCAGAGCUGGCUCCAUACCAUCAAAGACAUCAACAUCACACUAAUGCGGAGCCCCCAGGAGCUGAAGGAAGACCACAGCCUGUUCAUGAACCAGGGCGAGUGGGAGCUGCUCCACGUGCUGUCCGCCUACAAGUCCUUCAGCUUGGACAACGACGACUACUACGCCGAGAUGAAGUUCCACGUGGUGAUCCGGAGGCGGCCGCUCUUCUACACGGUGAACCUGCUGCUGCCCAGCAUCUUCCUGAUGGUUAUGGACAUCGUGGGCUUCUACCUGCCCCCCGACAGCGGGGAGAGGGUCUCCUUUAAGGUGACACUGCUGCUGGGCUACUCCGUCUUCCUCAUCAUCGUGUCUGACACGCUGCCCGCCACCGCCAUCGGAACCCCCCUCAUAGGCGUGUACUUCGUGGUGUGCAUGGCGCUGCUGGUGAUCAGCCUGGCCGAGACCAUCAUCAUCGUGCGCCUCGUGCACAAGCAGGACCUGCAGCGGCCCGCUCCCGACUGGCUGAAGCGGCUGGUGCUGGAGAAAGCCCCCGCCCUCUUCUGCAUCCACACCAAGCACCGCCUGUGCUCCAUGCUGUCCACGCACUCCUCCUCCUCCUCCUCCUCGUCCUCCUCCUCCCAGGCCGCCUCCGACCUGGAGCGCUUCAAGGAGCCCGGCUACGGGAGAGGGCCCUGCUCUCUCCACCACACCUGCGAGAUGGGCCACACGGGGCUCGUCGGGCUCGACGGACUGGGCGGCCCCCCUCACCACCAGCACCACCACCACAACCACCCCCACCAAACCGAACGGGACGGGGGGGGUCUCUUGGGGGGCCUGGGCGUCCCGCCGGUGGUGGACAACAUCCUGCAGGAGGUGACCUCCAUACGCCACUUCCUGGAGAAGAGGGACAAAUGCCGGGAGGUCGCCAAGGAGUGGCUGCAGAUCGGCUACGUGCUGGACGUGCUGCUGUUCCGGGUCUACUUGGUUGCCAUGGUGGCGUACAGCAUCACGCUCGGCACCCUGUGGUCGGUGUGGCAGGUCGUCUGAGGAUUACGACUCUUUAGCGCGCCGAGCCGAAGCGCCCCGCUCCGCCGAGGUUGUAUGGAGCAGCAGGCCGACCGUGUAGCGCUUGGGGAGCCCCAGGGGGGGGCGUCGGGGGGCACAGCGGUUAGAGCGUAAGAGGGGGUCAUUACGGCCGCAGGCUGCUUUACUUAGUCAUGCGCACAUGUACAGUGCUCUAAGAAACAGGGGAGGACAGAUGGAGACGUGGGCAUCCAGGUGGGAUGUUAGUGCGUAGUAUACUCGUCUUCACCUAUUCU